UGGCAGGUCAUCCCGGAUCGGAUUGCCGCUCAAAUCAACUUCGGAACUCAGCUCCGGUAUCGAACUCCACUACUCCAUCCCAAGCUCCGAUGUCCGACUUCACUUCAGUCCUUCAACUCUAACACCAUUGAAGAUCUCGGGGCCCAUACUUUCCCAAGGUCUCUGCUCUUCUCAUCUAAGAUUUCCUACGAUUAUUUGAUCCAGACACUCAUCCAGUGCCAAGCAAGGACAGCGCUCUUUGUACUACCAAGCCCUUUCCGAGAUGCGGGCACUCGACUAUCUCCUCGCCGCCGCCGCAGUAGCUCUUACCGUCGGUAUCUCUACAUCGGCCCAUGCCGCCAAAAGCCCGCGGAUACAAACCCUGCCGCCGCUGCGGGAACAGGCCAAGAUCGUAGAUGCAUGGACCGAAGAGCGCAAGGCUCUUAUUCCAGGCAUUCUGCGCAAAUACGGCAUUGAUGCCUGGCUGAUAAGUCAACGCGAAUACGCCGAAGACACCGUCUUCUGGGCCCUCAAAGAAGCAACUCAGUUCUCCGCCCGCCGCCGUACAACCUAUCUCUUUCUGGCCCACCCCACCAACGGCGCCCCCUCGUCUUACCAAUGGAUCGAGAACACGCCCCUGGUUUGGGACGAGCUAACCUCCAUCCUCGAGACGCAGCAGCCCGCCACCCUGGCUCUCAACGACCACGCCGAGCUCGCCUUUUCAGGCGGUUUGCAUGCCGGUGAGCGAGAUGCCAUAUUCUCUGCUUUGGGGAGUAGCAAAUGGACGGGCAAGUUCGUGCUCGAACCCAUGUUGGGGAUCGAGACAGUGGCGACCAUGGUACCUAGUAGACUGGAGUGGUAUAAGAAGAUGAUGGAAACGUCUUGGGCAAUCAUCGAGGAAGCCUUCAGCGAGCGGAUCAUCAAACCGGGGGAGACCACAGCGUGGGAUGUCGAGUGGUGGAUGAGAGAAAAGAUCCAGGCGCUGAAUUACACGACUUGGUUUCAGCCUAGCGUUUUUAUUCUCAACAAGGACGGGUUUGAGGCAAUGGACGACCCACGGGCACCGGACGGGUUGAUCGAGUAUGGGGAUAUACUGCAUUGCGACUUUGGCGUGACGGCGUUGGGACUAAAUACGGACACCCAGCAUGUGGGAUAUGUCCUGUCUCCUGGCGAGACGGGGGCGGAUAUACCCAAUGGCCUUUUGGAGGGACUCGAGAAGGUCAAUCGGUUGCAGGAUAUCACGAGGGGUAAUAUGAAGAUUGGGAUGACGGGGGAUGAGAUUCUCAAGGCUUCGCUGGAUCAGGCCCAUGGUGAGGGAAUCCAGGGUAAGAUCUACUGCCAUGCCACGGGAGAGUUUGGACACAGUGCUGGGACGGUUGUUGGCAUGACUAAUUUGCAGGAAGGGGUUCCGUUCCUUGGGGAGCUGCCGUUGCUCAAGAAUACUUACUACAGCAUCGAGCUGUACGCGGAACACUUUGUCCCAGAGAGGAACCAGACCAUCAAGUUCCCACAGGAAGAAGACGUAUUCUGGAAUGAAGAGACGGAGAGUUGGGAUUGGGUCUAUGGGCAGCAGACCAAGUUUCACUUCAUCCAUACUCAGGCAGACAAAGGGGUACAGAGUCAAGGAGAGCUAUGACAUGGAUUAACCAUUCAUAUUAGUGUCAUUUUACACAAUAAGAG